GUCAGACUUAUACUUCAGUAGGUGGCGGUAAAACACAUACAGCUGUUUUCCAACUGCCAGAGAGGGAAGCAGAAGAAGAAGGGAGCAAAAGCAUGGCGGCUGACAUGAGAUUACCAACUGUUCGAAAACCAGUGUCUCUAUCAGUUUCUGCUUUCGACCGAAAAGACCUGGUGGUCCCCGGCGAUGUUAUCACUUCAGACACUGGUUUCAUGAGGGGUCAUGGUACCUAUGUUGAUGAAGACAAGCUAACUGCUUCAGUCGCUGGAGAGGUGCAGAGAGUAGACAAGCUGAUCUGUGUCAGGCCGCUUAAGACCAGGUUCAAUGGUGAGGUUGGAGAUGUGGUGGUUGGCAGAAUCACAGAGGUGCAACAGAAACGGUGGAAGGUAGAGACCAACUCCCGGCUGGACUCUGUCCUCUUGUUGUCUUCUGUUAAUCUGCCUGGGGGAGAGCUGAGGAGACGAUCAGCGGAAGAUGAGCUCACCAUGAGAGAAUACCUUCAGGAGGGCGAUCUCAUCAGUGCAGAGGUGCAGUCUGUCUUCUCAGAUGGAGCCCUAUCACUUCACACCCGAAGUUUAAAGUAUGGAAAAUUGGGUCAAGGAGUGCUGGUACAGCUUUCUCCUUCUCUGAUCAAGAGGCAGAAAACACAUUUUCACAACCUGCCAUGUGGUGCAUCCAUCAUCCUCGGGAAUAAUGGCUUUGUGUGGUUGUAUCCCACGCCGGAACAACAGGAGGAGGAAGCUGGGGGCUUCUACACCAGCCUGGAGCCUGUCAGUCUGUCAGAUCGAGAAGUGAUUUCACGGUUGAGAAACUGCCUACUGGCUUUGGCUGCACACAAGGUCCUACUGUAUGACACCAGUGUCCUUUAUUGCUAUGAAUCCUCAGUUCAACACCAGGUCAAGGACAUCUUGAAACCAGAAGUGAUGGAGGAGAUUAUAAUGUUGACGCAACAGAAGCUGUUGGAACAGGAAGGUUAAAGAGCACAAAUCCUAAAUGUGACCAAGACCAAGAUCACAUCAAACAACCAUGUAAGGGACCGACCACCUCUAUCAGAAGAUAGAACUGAUGUUUUUUCUUUUUUGUGCAGUUGAACAGCUCAAGUGCAUUUAAUGUAACAAAACUGCUGAUUAUUGUUUGCCUGCUAAUAAAAUUGAUGGGUAACUUUUUAAAUCCUGCAGCAUUCACAAAUCACUAGAGCAGCUGUUCUUAAGAUUUACAGGGGUAUUGUAAAACAUUGUUUGUAAUGUGUAGUGGUAUACAAAAACUGUUGUAUGCAAUACAUUUUCUAUAAUUUUUAGUACUUUA